AUGAUUUGGCUACGAGAGAAUCCCACUAUAAAAGCAGGCGCAUCAGCGACAAUCGGAAGAAGAAGUGACCAAUUCGUCGAACUCAGAAGUGAAUCGGAGAAGAGAACGAUGAGCACCGGAGGAGAAAACAGAGCGACGGUCACGAACAAGCAAGUCAGAUUAAGAGACCACGUGAGUGGUUUCCCCAAGGAAUCGGAUUUCGAUUUCACCACCACCACCGUCGAGCUUAGGGUUCCGGAGGGGUCUAAGUCGGUUCUGGUGAAGAAUCUCUAUCUGUCAUGCGAUCCUUACAUGCGGACUCGCAUGGGGAAGCCGGAUGCUUCUGCUCUUGCUCAAGGUUUCGCUGUCGGCCAGAACGAGUAUUAUUAUAAUGAUAUACUCGGCGAUAGUAUGUUGCGUUGCUAUUUCAACCAUAAAUCUCUCUGGAUGCUUCUUAUUCAUGAUACGAAAACGUUCAUCCUUAAGACUGGUGUUCUUGAAGACUAUGAGAAGAAAUCUUCAAUACCAAUUUACGGGUUUGGAGUGUCUAGGGUGAUGGAAUCUGGGCAUCCAGAUUACAAGAAAGGCGACUUGCUCUGGGGAAUGGUUGGAUGGGAGGAGUACAGUGUCAUUACCCCAAUUCCUGACAUGCAUUUCAAGAUCCAUGAUACCAGUGUCCCCUUGUCCUACUACACUGGGCUUCUCGGUAUGCCCGGUAUGACCGCUUAUGCUGGGUUUUAUGAAGUCUGUUCCCCGAAGAAAGGAGAGACAGUUUACGUGUCGGCUGCUUCUGGUGCAGUUGGUCAGCUUGUUGGACAAUUCGCCAAGAUGAUGGGCUGUUAUGUUGUUGGAAGCGCCGGGAGUAAACAAAAGGUUGAUCUCCUCAAGACCAAGUUUGGGUUUGAUGAUGCAUUUAACUACAAGGAAGAGCAAGACCUUAGUGCUGCCCUGAAAAGGUGUUUUCCCAAAGGCAUUGACAUAUACUUUGAGAACGUAGGAGGCAAAAUGCUAGACGCAGUGCUCUUAAACAUGAACACGCACGGGCGUAUCGCUGUCUGUGGAAUGAUCUCACAGUACAAUCUUCAGGAACAGGAAGGCGUACACAAUCUAUCCAGCAUAAUCUACAAGCGAAUCCGCAUUCAAGGCUUUGCAGUUUUUGAUUUCUACGACAAAUACUCAAAGUUCUUGGAGUUUGUGAUUCCGUGCAUCAAAGAAGGGAAGAUAGCUUACGUGGAAGAUGUAGCUGAAGGACUCGAGAAAGGUCCCGAGGCUCUUGUGGGACUCUUCCAUGGUAAGAACGUUGGGAAACAAGUUGUUGUUGUCGCUCGUGACUUAAUCACCUCCCAACACCUUCGAUCUUAUGAUUCCGGCUGGAUCAAAGACGGUCUACGAGAGAAUGAGAAUCCCACUAUAAAAGCAGGCGCAUCCGCGACAAUCGGAAGAAGAAGUGACCAAUUCGUCGAACUCAGAAGUGAAUCGGAGAAGAGAACGAUGAGCACCGGAGGAGAUAACGGAGCGACGGUCACGAACAAGCAAGUCAGAUUAAGAGACCACGUGAGUGGUUUCCCCAAGGAAUCGGAUUUCGAUUUCACCACCACCACCGUCGAGCUUAGGGUUCCGGAGGGAUCUAAGUCGGUUCUGGUUAAGAAUCUCUAUCUGUCAUGCGAUCCUUAUAUGCGGACUCGCAUGGGGAAGCCUGAUACUUCUGCUCUUACUCAAGCCUUCACUGUCGGCCAGCCAAUCUCCGGGUAUGGAGUGUCUAGGGUGAUAGAAUCUGGGCAUCCAGAUUACAAAAAAGGCGACUUUCUCUGGGGAAUGGUUGGAUGGGAGGAGUACAGUGUCAUUACCCCAAUUCCUGGCAUGCAGCAUUUCAAGAUCAAUGAUACCGAUGUUCCAUUGUCCUACUACACUGGGCUUCUUGGUAUGCUAUAUCCCGACCUUGCUCACUUGCAAAGCUUAGCAGCCGAGUGGAUUAGUAUGCCCGGUAUGACCGCCUAUGCUGGGUUUUAUGAAGUCUGUUCCCCGAAGAAAGGAGAGACAGUUUACGUGUCGGCUGCAUCUGGUGCAGUUGGUCAGCUUGUUGGACAAUUCGCCAAGAUGAUGGGCUGUUAUGUUGUUGGAAGCGCCGGGAGUAAACAAAAGGUUGAUCUCCUCAAGACCAAGUUUGGGUUUGAUGAUGCAUUUAACUACAAGGAAGAGCAAGACCUUAGUGCUGCCCUGAAAAGGUGUUUUCCCAAAGGCAUUGACAUAUACUUUGAGAACGUAGGAGGCAAAAUGCUAGACGCGGUGCUCUUAAACAUGAACACGCACGGGCGUAUCGCUGUCUGUGGAAUGAUCUCACAGUACAACCUUGAGGAACAGGAAGGCGUACACAAUCUAUCCAGCAUAAUCUACAAACGAAUCCGCAUUCAAGGCUUUGUAGUCGUUGAUUUCUACGACAAAUACGCAAAGUUCUUGGAGUUUGUGAUUCCGUGCAUCAAAGAAGGGAAGAUAGCGUACGUGGAAGAUGUUGCUGAAGGACUCGAGAAAGGUCCUGAGGCUCUUGUGGGACUCUUCCAUGGUAAGAACGUUGGGAAACAAGUCGUUGUGACGCUUGGGGGAGUGAUCGGAGCAACGGUAGUGAGCAACAAGCAAGUCGUGUUCCGAGAUUACGUCACCGGAUUCCCCAAGGAAUCAGACCUCUUAAUCACCUCCAACACCGUCGAUCUUAGGAUUCCGGCUGGAUCAACGACGGUGUUGCUAAAGAAUCUCUACUUGUCUUGUGAUCCAUACAUGCGUAAUCGUAUGAGAAAGCCUGAUCCCUCGCGUCCUGCUACUGCUCAGUCCUUCCUUCCCGGGAAGCCUAUCUCUGGGUUUGGAGUGUCUAAAGUGAUGGAUUCAGGGCACCCAGAUUACAAAGAAGGCGACUUGCUUUGGGGAGCUGUUGGAUGGGAGGAGUACAGUGUUAUCACCCCAAUUCCUAAUCUCCAUUUCAAGAUCCAUCAUACAGAUUUUCCAUUAUCUUACUACACCGGACUUCUUGGUAUGCCUGGUAUGACUGCAUAUGCUGGGUUUUACGAGAUAUGUUCUCCAAAGAAAGGAGAGACCGUGUUUGUGUCGGCUGCCUCUGGCGCUGUUGGUCAGCUUGUUGGACAAUUUGCUAAGUUGAUGGGUUGUUAUGUCGUUGGAAGUGCCGGAACCAAAGAUAAGGUUGAUCUCCUCAAGAACAAGCUUGGAUUCGAUGAUGCAUUUAACUACAAGGAAGAAAACGACCUCAAUGCUGCCUUAAAGAGGUGUUUCCCUGAAGGCAUUGACAUAUACUUUGAGAACGUGGGAGGCAGAAUGAUGGACGCAGUGAUCCUAAACAUGAGACCACACGGCCGUAUCGCAGCAUGUGGGAUGAUCUCGCAGUACAAUCUGCAGAUCCCGGAAGGAGUAUACAACCUCUCGCUCAUUACUUACAAACGAAUCCGUAUCCAAGGGUUUAACGCCAUCGACUACUUCCACAAAUACUCUGAGUUCUCCGAGUUUGUGGUUCCGUAUAUAAGAGAAAGCAAGAUCACGUAUGUGGAAGAUGUUGCUGAUGGACUCGAGAGUGCUCCUGCUGCUCUCGUUGGGCUCUUUCACGGUAAGAACGUUGGGAAGCAGCUCGUCGUGGUUUCUCGUGAGAAGAAAUGA